UGUCCUCUCCGUGCAGUGUUUCCGCCUGGAGAACUGAAAGCAACCGGCCGGUCAAAAUACAAACAAUGGGGAAGAAACACAAAAAGCACAAGUCUGAAAAACACGGAUAUGAAGAAUAUGGGGAGAGACCACUGAAGCUGGUGUUGAAAGUGUCUGGAAACGAAGUGACAACCGGGAGCUCGAGUCUGGACACGUUUUAUGAUGAGCAGUCGACGGACUAUGACAAACCCAAGGAUAAGAAAAAGAAAAAGAAGAAAGAUAAAGAGAGGAGCUUUGGGUCGCCGGAAGAUGACAAAGGAAAGAAAAAGAUGACAAAGAAGAAGAAAGGACAUGAUGUAGAUAGAGAAGGAGAUGAGCAGAGCAGAACUCCCAUCCGCUCAGAGCUGGAUAAACUGGAGGCUGAAAAAGAGCAGACCCCCCUCCAAGAAGCUUUAAACCAGCUUAUCAGACAACUUCAGAGGAAAGACCCCAGUGCAUUUUUCACAUUCCCUGUGACAGACCUUAUUGCUCCAGGCUACUCCUCAAUUAUCAAGAGGCCUAUGGACUUCAGCACAAUGAAGGACAAAGUGAAGAAAGAGUGCUACCAGUCAUUGGAUGAGCUCAAGGUAGAUUUCAGGAUAAUGUGUGAAAAUGCCAUGAUUUACAACAAACCUGAGACAAUCUACCAUAAAGCUGCUCGGAAAUUGCUGCACUCUGGAAUGAAGAUCCUGAGUCAGGAGAGGUUGGAGAGUUUGAAGCAGAGCAUCGAGUUCAUGUCUGGCCUCGAUCCUUCAGCCAAACAGCCGGGAAAGGUGGAAGAACAAGGGGGCAGCUUGGACCAGAGCAGAGAAGGACCACCGACCACAGAUGGCAGCGAGAGCUCCCAGACUCCCAGCACACCCAGACAAGACAAGGACUCGAAGGAGGAAGCAGCAAAGGCAGAAAAAGAACUGGAAGAAAUCCGCAAAGUCAUCGAAGAGUCUGGGGGAAAGCUGUCCAACAGAGUGCUGCAGUGUGAUCUGGAGUUUGUGAGGCAGAAGACUGACGGCUCCACCACUCUGGCCAUCCUCAACCCUGCAGAUCCAGGAGUGGGAGAUGUGGGUUACUGUCCUGUGAAGCUGGGCAUGAUGUCCAAUCGGCUGCAGAGCGGCGUGAACACUCUGCAGGGCUUCAGAGAGGACAAGAGGAACAGGAUUACUCCAGUAUCCUACAUGAACUACGGACCGUUCACCUCCUACGCACCAGCCUACGACUCCAGCUUCGCCAACGUCAGCAAAGACGAAUCUGACCUCAUCUACUCCAUCUAUGGAGAGGAGUCCAGUCUGCAGGGCUCAGACAGCUUGUCAGAGUUCCUGGCCAAAUCGGACGAGUAUGUGUACAAACUGGCAGACAAUUUUCUGGAUGCAGUAACAAACGGGGAGCAUUCGAAAACGUUGAAGGAGACGGAGCAGCAGGUGGACGAGCCAGUGAACACAGCAGAGGACAAGGGCGACAUGGAGGUAGCAGAACCUGAGGUAUCCAGCAGUAGCAGACCGGACCUCCUGGUGGAUGAGGAGCUCUCUGAGGACGCCCGCCACUUCCAGCAGAAACUGGACGAGACUACAAAGCUCCUGCGCGACUUACAGGAAGCACAGAGGGAGCGUCUGAGCACCAAGCAGCCACCUAACAUGAUCUGCCUGCUGGCCCCGACCGCCAAGGAGCUGGAGCUGGCUGAAAAGGUCACUGGGAACUUGGCUGAGUUGACAGGUCAAGUGGCUCCAUGUGACGUCAGCAGCCUGUACGGCAUCAGGAAGGCCAUGGGUAUCGCAGGGCCUCCGGGACCCUCCGAGCCCCUCAUAGACCUCACUACAGUGCAGGAAGUUGCUGAACCCAUGGAGACCCUGUCGUCCUGUCAGGAUGCACUGACAGUCAUCACCGUCAACUAAUAUUCCACCCUCCACCUCCACCUCUAACUUAAGUUUUGUAUGAAAGUUGCUUUUCGUGUGACAUUUGUAUGCAUUUCAAUCAAUAAACUUUUUUUAUACAGA